GUCACGGUCGCCAAUGACCAGCUAUGGAUAAGCCAUGCCUUUCUGGGCACUCUCUGUCCUGGUGCCCUGCGAGCGGAAAGGAUCUUAUAUGCGCAGCAAACCAAACAAGACAACAACCGCGGUGCUGCUUCAUUUCCUUCUCUCGAUUUAGCGUGCAUCAUAGGUGGUGGACUUUUGUCUCUUGCCGUCAUGUGGGAGAAUUGAGCACGUCUUUCGCCCCUGCGCUGUCGUCCACACUACUACGAUGUCUCGCAAAAACCCGUUGCUAUUUUUCUCUUGGCGCUCGAAAGCGAAGUCUCCUGCUCCCGAGCUCUCGCUCCAUGAUCCGCAACCAUUACACACUUCCAGGUCCUUAUUUCAAGCGUCCAGGAUCGAUAUCACCAAUCCCCAGGUAACUCGGGACGGAGAGGCUGGGUCUCAUGCAGUUUCUCCGUCGUCUAUGCCUACGCCGCCGUCCUCUCUCCGAGACCGAUUUGUUAGAUGGGUCCUAAGGCGGCGAAGUCCCAAUCCCAAUCGAGACAAAUCAACUACACAACGCGCCAAACUGUCCACGUCCCCGCAGUCAUCUCCUUAUAAUUCACGGCUAUCACACUCUCACCUCCCCUCUGAAGAGACUGCCCCUUCAAGGACCGACCCACAAGCCAUGUACGAAACGGGCGCUGUGUCUGCUGAGCAGCCAGGGUCAACAGGCGAUGGCCCUUUAUUAUGCAUAGAAUCUUUAUCAUCAGCGGCGGCGACCGGCUCACAUGGUGACCGAAAGAAGCCCAUUAUGGAAGCCAUCAAACUUCUUCUUCAAACUUCUGCCACCGCUCUUAAACUCGCACCUAUACCCAAUCUUUAUCAGAUUCCGAACACGCUCCUAGCGUGGAUAAACACCUACGAGAGUAUCAUCGGCAACGCUGAAGACAUGAAGAUGUUGUAUGUUGUGAUCCAAAAAGUGCACGACUCGGUGUUUCAGCCCCUCCGGGAAUGGACUGGCGAGAUUCCCCCCGAACUGGGAAAUCUAACAUGGGAUUUCCAUGCAGCCCUGAAAAAACGAGUAGAGGAAGUUGAAUCAAUCCAGCGAAAAAAUCUGUUAACGAGGGCUAUCCGAGCGCCUGACAUAACACAACAAAUAAGUAACAUGAAGAGCUGCCUGAAUGAUGCUAUUUCUCGUUUCCAGCUAAGAAUAUCAACUUUAAUUCUACUUCGUACGGAACGUGUGUCAGUCCAGUCCAGUCGCUGCCGAAUACAUGUGUGUUAAGAGCAAGUCGGAAUGUCUCGAACGGACGCGGGUUCAGAUACAAGCAUCGCUGCUGGAGCAUCUCAAGAUCCCCGAGAAUCGAUUUACCUGGUUGCGUGGGCCUCCGGGUACUGGGAAGACAGCGAUUUGUAUGAGCGUUGCGUCCACCCUCAACAGCGAGGCUGUCCUGGCGGCGUCGUUCUUCUGGAUAAGAACCAAGCAGGAACGGGCCUCGAUUCCAUUGAACACUUUCCCUCCACCCUUGCGUACCAACUCGCAGUCUUCAACGAAGACUUCAAGAUGUCACUUGUCAA